AUGGACUCCAUCGGGACAAACGAAAACAGUGAGGCAUUGCGCGCUACCGAUGAGCGGCGUGAUGCGCGCAGGAGGCGCAGGCGAACCCGCAUCGUCGAGUGGGAGGAGGACCUCCGCACUAUGACGAACGCGGAGUUCCAGCACAUGUUCCGCUUCACUCGAUACAUCUUGGAGUACAUCACGCCCGCGAUGAUGCCCCUGAUGGCUGUUUUUGUUCAGCGGCAUUCCAUCCCCAUUGAGCUGUGCUUAUUGAUACCGAUCAAGUAUUUUGCAACAGGUCAAUCGUACAUUGACCUCUCCAUCUUCUUCAGCAUAACGCGCACCUUACUGCACACGUUGGAGCAGCACCCACAAGCGUUGGAGCAGCACCUACAAGCGUUGGAUCAGCACCCACAAGCGUUGGAGCAGCACCCACAAGCGUUGGAGCAGCACCCACAAGCGUUGGAGCAGCACCCACAAGCGUUGGAGCAGCACCCACAAGCGUUGGAGCAGCACCCACAAGCGUUGGAGCAGCACCCACAAGCGUUGGAGCAGCACCAACAAGCGUUGGAGCAGCACCCACAAGCGUUGGAGCAGCACCCACAAGCGUUGGAGCAGCACCCACAAGCGUUGGAGCAGCACCCACAAGCGUUGGAGCAGCACCCACAAGCACAAGCGUUGGAGCAGCACCCACAAGCACAAGCGUUGGAGCAGCACCCACAAGCGUUGGAGCAGCACCCACAAGUGUUGGAGCAGCACCCACAAGCGUUGGAGCAGCACCCACAAGCGUUGGAGCAGCACCCACAAGCGUUGGAGCAGCACCCACAAGCGUUGAAGCAGCACCCACAAGCGUUGGAGCAGCACCCACAAGCGUUGGAGCAGCACCUACAAGCGUUGGAGCAGCACCCACAAGCGUUGGAGCAGCACCCACAAGCGUUGGAGCAGCACCCACAAGCGUUGGAGCAGCACCCACAAGCGUUGGAGCAGCACCCACAAGCGUUGGAGCAGCACCCACAAGCGUUGGAGCAGCACCCACAAGCGUUGGAGCAGCACCAACAAGCGUUGGAGCAGCACCCACAAGCGUUGGAGCAGCACCCACAAGCGUUGGAGCAGCACCCACAAGCGUUGGAGCAGCACCCACAAGCGUUGGAGCAGCACCCACAAGCACAAGCGUUGGAGCAGCACCCACAAGCACAAGCGUUGGAGCAGCACCCACAAGCACAAGCGUUGGAGCAGCACCCACAAGCGUUGGAGCAGCACCCACAAGCGUUGGAGCAGCACCCACAAGCGUUGGAGCAGCACCCACAAGCGUUGGAGCAGCACCCACAAGCGUUGGAGGCAGCACCCACAAGCGUUGGAGCAGCACCCACAAGCGUUGGAGGCAGCAUCCACAAGCCGUUGGAGCAGCACCCACAAGCGUUGGAGCAGCACCCACAAGCGUUGGAGCAGCACCCACAAGCAUUGGAGCAGCACCCACAAGCGUUGGAGCAGCACCCACAAGCGUUGGAGCAGCACCCACAAGCGUUGGAGCAGCACCCACAAGCGUUGGAGCAGCACCCACAAGCGUUGGAGCAGCACCCACAAGCGUUGGAGCAGCACCCACAAGCGUUGGAGCAGCACCCACAAGCGUUGGAGCAGCACCCACAAGCGUUGGAGCAGCACCCACAAGCGUUGGAGCAGCACCCACAAGCGUUGGAGCAGCACCCACAAGCGUUGGAGCAGCACCCACAAGCGUUGGAGCUGCACCUACAAGCGUUGGAGCAGCACCCACAAGCGUUGGAGCAGCACCCACAAGCGUUGGAGCAGCACCCACAAGCGUUGGAGCAGCACCCACAAGCGUUGGAGCAGCACCCACAAGCGUUGGAGCAGCACCCACAAGCGUUGGAGCAGCACCCACAAGCGUUGGAGCAGCACCCACAAGCGUUGGAGCAGCACCCACAAGCGUUGGAGCAGCACCCACAAGCGUUGGAGCAGCACCCACAAGCGUUGGAGCAGCACCCACAAGCGUUGGAGCAGCACCCACAAGCGUUGGAGCAGCACCCACAAGCGUUGGAGCAGCACCCACAAGCGUUGGAGCAGCACCCACAAGCGUUGGAGCAGCACCCACAAGCGUUGAAGCAGCACCCACAAGCGUUGAAGCAGCACCCACAAGCGUUGGAGCAGCACCCACAAGCGUUGGUUGGAGCAGCACUCACAAGCGUUGGAGCAGCACUCACAUGCGUUGGAGCAGCACUCACAUGCGUUGGAGCAGCACUCACAUGCGUUGGAGCAGCACUCACAUGCGUUGGAGCAGCACUCACGCCUCACGUACCAGGGAGACAACGUUGCCUUGCCAUGAGUCAGUGGUUCCACAGGCGCUGGCGGAGGCCAGCGGUUCCAACCCUUCCCUCCGGAGGUCAGCGGGCACACGGAGGCGGGCUUGCUGGCGCCCUCGUUGGCGGGUCUGACGGCGGGUCCGUCGGCGGUCUUGCUGGCGGGCUUGUUGGCAGGUUCGACGGCGGGUUUGUCGGCGGGCCCUGUGACGAGCCCGUGGGCGGGUCCGUCGGCGGGCUUGCUGAAGGCGGGUUCGCGAGUCCGCAGGCUCACUUGCUGACAGGUCCGCAGAUCCGCUGUCUCUCUUGCUCGCGGGUCCGCGGGUGA